UUUUUAUAUAUAUUAAAAAUGAAAGGAAAGAAAUACUUCACACCUUAAAAAUGCAUAUAAAUAUGUUAUGUUAGAUUUAUAGUUCAUCGAAUCCUCUCCAUAGGACAUAAAUAAAACUACUCGAAAAUAGAAAACAACAUAAUGGCAAGACUCUUGGAAUCAUAUAUGAUCGUUUUGUGUGUAUCAUUUCUCGGAUUACUUGUUUGUUAUCAAUGUAGUAGCAUUACAAUGAAUGACAUAAAAAAUAUAGCGGGAUAUGCGCGGAUAGUCUUCCUACAUGUGCGCAAAAAUGCAACCUUAAAAAUUGUUGUUCUACUAAAAUGUAGUUGCUAUUAUUAUUAUGAAUAA